GGUACAGAAGCCAAUCCGCUUCCCUUGAAAGAGGUGUUUGAGCAGCCAGUAGGAACAAAAAGGAUGGAGAGAGCGUUAAGGGCGUACGGAGCGGUACUCAGACUGGUGAGGCGCUUGCCACGCGACACCCGCCCCUACUAUGCCAAAUUCGUCAGAGAGAAUUUCGUCAAUUACAGAGAAGUCGAAGACCCAAACACCCUCCCCGAACUCUUUCGAAGGGCCUACUUCCAUACCAUCUGGGUUCUCAAUAAGUAUUCAGUUGAUAAAUCAGUCGCGGAUGAGUUGAAGGAGAUCUGUUGCAAUUAAUCGCAAGCAUUUUGCCAUGCAAAUGUUUGUCGAUAUUCCCAAACCAGACUAACAGCGGGGUAGGAUCUUUAUGUUUCCGUUGAAGUUUUCCAAAACUAGAGUAGGUGGUGAUAUGUAAUAAUGCAAGUGUAGAAGGGUGAAAAUUGUUGUGAUUUGAUUGAAGUACAAACCCUACAACUUUUUUUUGGACUCCAUAGAUUUGUUAUUUUCUGAAAUUUCUGCCAUUUCAUGUAUCAUUAUUGGAGUAAUUCACAGCACGAUUGGGUUCACUUUGCCGUCCAUAUUUCCAGACAUGGACCCCACCCUGGAUCCUCAAAUUCGCCCUCUGCCAGCCCCACCUCGAUCCAUGGGUUCCACUGCCUCAUCUCCAUCCUUCCCGCCUCCAAUGACUAUCCCAGCUCCACAAAACCAUCUUAUUCCGUUCCAUCUCCUCUGAUCUCUCCCACCGUUCAUUUUCCGAAGCCACUCGUUAAUCCCUUGAAUCCAUGGAAGAUCUCGACAGCUCAGCGGGCCUCUCAAUCCCUGUCUCCAUGCAGAUGGAAUACGCUGCUGUCGCGGUCGAAUGCACAGUGAAAUUCUUGAAAUGUGAUCUUGAGGAUCAUAAGAAGUUCAUCGAUGCUGUCAAUAGGAUCUGGAAAUGCAGGGUUUCUGAUACAGAGAUAUGGAGUGGUUGUGUUGGAUUGAUUUAAAGCCGUUUGAUGGAGUUCAAAAGGGAGAUGCUGGCAGCAGUUGGGAAUCAUAGGGUGUGAGAGGAGUUGAGGGUGCGGGAACGAUGAAGGAGGCGUUGGAUUCGGUUAGGGUUUAUUUGGAGGAGGUGGUAGAGGAGAUGGGUCUAUCUUUCUUGGAAAUUGACGUUAGUGGUUGGGAUGUUGCUGCCAUGGGGACCAGUGGUGAUCAUAUGAUUGUCAGUGAACAUGGUGCUGAUGGUUUGGAAUUUGAUUGCGGUAAAGAAAUGACGGGAGACCGGCAUGAGGGGAAUAUGCCACUGAGGCAAAGAGAUUUAUCUGCUCAAUUGACUGUUUCUACCAAGGGAUGCUUGCAUCGCCUAAAGAAGUGGUUACUGCUGGAAUUGACAAUAAAUAUGACUGCCUACUUACGCCCAAAGUCUUGAAAGUGAAGGUAGCCCAUAUAUUAAGUUCUACAAAUCUGCACAAACUUGUGGAGGACAUGUUUCCAGAUGAUCUGGAAAUGGCUUCAGGAAUAUUCGCUAAUAUGGCAACUGAAAUAAGACAAAAGGCGAAGAAAAUCAAAGUGAGUAGAUGUGGAUUCAUCCUUAGUUGAGAAUGGUGUUGAUGUUAAUAAUGCAGGGCGAACUAGUACUGGAAAUCAGAAUCAUCAGGCAUCACGAUGGAACAUCAUUCCCUGGCUUUAUGGCAGGGAAUAAUACUUACCCAUACUUACGACUGGGAAGGUGAGUUGAUUGAGUCCCCAUCAGAGAAAUCACCAAAUCAUUUAAGGGGGACUUCAUUUACCUAGUCCAAAGAACUAGGAGAUCUCUGCUUCGAAGGAGAGAGAAAUCACUAGACACUCCAAGAGGAGAACAGUUAAGAAGUGGAGUGCAUUAGAAGAGGAGACUUUCAGAAAAGUGGUGCAAGAGCAUGGUAAAGGGAGAUGGAAAUUCAUUUUAAACUGCGAUCAUGAAACAUUUGAGGAUAGAACAGAGAUUGAUUUGAAGGACAAGUGGUGGAACAUGAUUAGGGGCUGAUAUUGUCGACUUAUUCGAUGUUAUGGGUCCACUGAUGUGUGAGGCAGACAAUGCUAACCGUUAUUUUUGUAGAAGGUCCAUCUGUAUCUUCAGUUCUGUAUACAUUCUGUGUGGGCCAGUGAUAUGUCUUGAAGCUAGCAUUCAACCUGGAGGGGCACAUCCUUUACUGAUACAUCUAUGCGCUUGCAUAACCAUUCGUGUGGGUAGAAAUGUCAUUGAUCUUGAUACAUACUAUGCAUGUGUGCACGUGCAUUUACAUAAUAGACUGCAUAUGCAAUUGUAUGUAUGGUUUAGAUUAUUAUGCAUAUGUAUGUCGUCUCUUGAUGAGCUCA